UUUGUACGAUGACAAGUUGAGGAUAUUCCAGAGAGAUCUCACCACUUCAAAAGGUCAUUUCUGUCACUGUUUCAGUGUUUUGAUGGCAAUCCAGCCUAUCCUUCAAAGUUGUAAUCUUUCGGCAAGUGGUGAUUGGGUUUGGAGUUAGGACAAGGAGAAGUGUUGUCCUUCAGAAUUAGUGCACACGUGUGAAGUUCAACCACUUCUUUCAAUAGCUGCUUCAAGAGUGGAUUGUGGUGUUGUGUGGCAUCACUUACCUCAUCAUCUUUUGGUCUGUGCCUCUGAAAUUUGGGGAAAUAGCCAGCACUUUAUGGAGUCUGUAUUUGGUAAUUGGCCAUCCUACGACCCUCACAACUUCAGUCAGAUCCGACCUUCAGAUCCUUCUAGCUCUUCUAGGAGUACCUUGUGACAUUCUGAUUGUUAUUUUGACUUACUUGGAUGAUCAUGUUUCAUAAACCAUAAUAGACUAAAUGUGUGGUGCAAUUUGUUGUUUACCCGAGGUUGAACUCUUCACCAUUGUUGUUGACUUGUUGUAUGCCGCAUUGUCUCUGGGAAGAUAAAGGAAUCAAAAUGAGACCAGCCACUUAUCAUGCUACUCAUAGCAAGACGCUUCCACCAGCUGAUCAAGUUAUAACUAGUGAAACCAGAAAUAUCCUCCUAAGAAAUAUUUACAAGCAUGCUGAGGAAAAGUUGAAACCAAAAAGAGCUGCAUCUGGUAACCUUUUACCAGAGCAUGGAUGCAAGCAACCCAGGGUCUCCACCUGAUGCUUGUCAUUGACCAACUGUUGCAUGUGAUUGUGAGCUACUUUCUGAAAGAUAUAUAUGCUCUUAUUUAACAAAGAGUUUGGUGCUUGUUUGAAGUCUCGAACUAAAUUGUCAGCUACAGACUUAGAGUGUGUAAAUUUGUAUUCCCAUGAAAAUGUACAGUGAAUGAAAUGACGAUGAUGAUGAUGAGGACUCAAAGGUAUAAUUCUGUACAUGCUUCGUGUGCUACACCGUCGACAGCAACUUUUGCAGAUAAUUUAGAAAGAUCCAUGCUUUGAAGAGGGUUUCAUUUUCCUCUUUAUGGUUGUCAUUUGGAUUCUGAAAUAUGUUCUGUGCUCUAAUUUUCUUGUUAAAUUUGCUAGAUACAAAGUAAUUAUUUAUGUGGCCUAUUGACAUUACAAACUUUCAAA